UUGACGUUUACCAGUAGCUCCGAGAGAGAGAAGUACGCGGCAGGUGGAAGUAGGCGUCGAAGGUGGUGUCGUCCCCUCAGAUAACAAGAACGUAUUUCGUUGAUACAUUCCAUAGUUUCCGCUUGAAAGAAAAAUCGUGCGCCUACAAAUUAGCUACUCGGCGAGACGGUUGCUUAACCUCAAAUGUCAAUUUAACGCAUCUGUCCUUUCUCUCUAAAAUUUCACACUUGUUACUUCGUGACGUCGAAAUUAGUAUCCAAAUUUUGUGCGAACGAUAUUUGCCCAAGGAACUAUGGACGCAUUUGGCGACAAUUUUGUUAACAACGAACCUGAGGUAGAUCCAGCAGCAGAGUUUCUGGCAAGAGAGCAAGAUCAGCUUGCUGGCUUAGAGGAUGAUAUAACGCCGAUGGCUGUAACUUUGGCUGCAGCAGCGGCAGCAGGCAGCACCGAUGAUGAUGCAUCUGCAAAAUUUGGGAAUCUGAAAGUUGGUCCAGGUGGUGAUGCUGAAGGCAGUUUUGAAAUUGUAGAUGCUAUCGGGCAACCUACAGAGUCACAAGCGUCAUCAGUAUCAGAGCCAGCACCCAUCAUUGCACCAAUCAAAGAAGAGCCUGAAAAGAUCAAAAAGUGGAGAGAAGAACAGAAAGCUCGUCUUGAAGAGAAAGAUGCGGAAGAGGAGAAAAAGAAGGAAGAAUGGAGAGAAGCUGCCAAGAAAGAGCUUGAAGAAUGGUACAAGCACCAUGCAGAGACUAUUGGUAAAACAAAAACCACCAACAGGGAAUCGGCCAAGAAUGCAGAGAAGCAAUUUGUCGCGGAGGCUGAUGAGGUCGAACCAGGUACCGAAUGGGAACGCAUCGCCAAGCUAUGCGAAUUCAAUCCCAAGUCGUCUCGCACUUCCAAAGACGUCUCCCGGAUGCGUUCGAUUAUCUUGCAGUUAAAACAGACACCGCCAACUCCUAUUAACGCUUGAUUAAAUUGAAAGAUCUAUCUUCGCAAUUAGAUAUCGAGGAUAUGAAUUAUGGUAAAUAAUUGAGGAAAAAGAACAAAAAAAGCAAUUAAUAACGUUACGACUACGUCGGCGAUAUUAAUGAAAAGAAUUCAUAAAUGUUCUGUUAUAUAUAUAUAUAUAUAAAGUAUGUAAUAUUAUUGUGAAUAAAGGUUAUUGAUUAACAAAUAUA